AUGGCAAAGAUGAGAAUCAAAUGCUACAAAGAAUCGUUGGAGUCAGAAAAGAAGGCUUUGAAAACGGAAAUUUCGAGGAUAAAAGCGGAACUACCAGAGACCUUCUUGACAAUUUCGAAAGCUCUUAAUGCUCUUGAAUUAUUAUUUCCACAAAUUUGUGCCGAAUACAAAUCUCUUCAAUUAGCUCUUGAAGAAUUGUAUCCAAGUUCCUAUCUUGAAGAACACGAGUUCAUAAAUCUCGCUGCUUUUGUCGAUUCCCAACACCUAAACAAGCCCCGCACACUCCCAAUCGACAGUUUCCUCCUGACGGGAAAGCUUCUUCAAGUACAUCGCUACCACGAUUUAUUCAAAGAAUGUAAAAGUCUUGGCGAUUUCCUGGAGACAACACUUCAAGCAAAAUACAGUGGGAGCAAUUUUUCUGACGAAAUAAACGAUCUUUUGAAUUCGAAGGAAAAGUUCACAAAGCUGCACGUGAUUAAAUUUGAGCCGCUCCUGCCGUCAACUGAACGACAUUUUUUCUUUGAUUGA